AAAGAGCGAAGGAAAACCUUACCUGCCGGCGGAGGCGAGGGAGCCGGACGGGCGAGCGCCAGCUCCAGUCUAGGUAGCCAGAGCCAUGCAAUUCUCCAGCUCAGCCAGGGCAGCAGAUGAGAACUUUGACUAUCUGUUCAAGAUCAUCCUCAUCGGGGACUCCAAUGUGGGGAAGACGUGCGUGGUGCAACAUUUCAAAUCCGGGGUCUACACGGAGACGCAGCAGAACACGAUUGGGGUGGACUUCACCGUGCGCUCCCUUGAGAUCGAUGGCAAGAAAGUGAAGAUGCAGGUGUGGGACACCGCCGGCCAGGAGCGCUUCCGGACCAUCACGCAGAGCUACUACCGCAGCGCCCACGCGGCCAUCGUCGCCUACGACCUCACCCGCAGGUCCACCUUCGAGUCGGUUCCUCACUGGAUUCACGAGAUAGAAAAAUACGGCGCCGCGAACUUGGUCAUCAUGCUGAUCGGCAACAAAUGCGACCUGUGGGAGAAACGGCACGUUCUGUUCGAGGACGCCUGCACGCUGGCCGAGAAGCACGGCCUCCUUGCCGUUCUGGAGACAUCGGCCAAGGAGUCCAAGAACAUAGACGAGGUCUUCGUGCUCAUGGCCAGGGAGCUGAUCGCACGCAACAGCCUGCAGCUGCACGGGGACAGCGCCCUCCGCAGCCUGCCCCUGGACUCCAGUCCAGUUCUCGUGGCCCAGGCGCCGAGUGAGAAGGCCCACUGCACUUGCUGAGUGUGCUCGCGAGGCCGAUGGCACCCACCGGAGGCCACCUCUAAAACCAAAGGUGGUGGGUCCAGUGUCUGCUAAGGAGCGUUUCAGACCCGAGUGUAGGCCUUCGGCGAGUCCUCGAUCCCCCACUCAGACCCGCGGCCACAGCGGCUGACUCUCAGGACGGGGGACGCUGCUGUCCUUUUUGAUCUUGCCUUGGACUGAAAGGCACAGUGGUGGGAGGACAAGGUUUGCUCGUCCAUCUGUCCCUUGUCUGUCUCCCCAAACCCUUCAACUAUGUUUCUCCUGAAUUUUGCUUCUCACUCGUAGAGGGUAGUGAAGGGGAGAGAGGAUGUUUGGAAGAUCCUGGGAGAGUUUUAAAACAGCUGGGGCCUGGGAGAAUGGGGGAAAAAGCCAGAAUGCCUUAACAUUUGCUUCCUGAUAGUCACACCUCAGGGCUUCAGUUUGGGGAGCAAAGCCUUUUGACAUAAAGACCAUAAAUACCUCUUGCCAAAUGGUCAGGAGCCACGUGAUGGAGACUGAACUGGAUUUCACUUUGUUAGCUGGGGCUGAGUUGACUACCCCCAUAGAAUACGGGAGAGGCCUACAAUUUCUUUCUAAAACACCAAAUUAGCUGCUGGGUCAGAAGGCAUUUCUGAAUUGAAAUUUAAAUGAGCAGCAAACCAAUACCGACCUCUCGGUGUGGCCCUGGGCACACCACGUACCUGUGUGACGCACCGUGGUUUUUCUGAGAUCCCCGAUGGUUGCUGAGGUGUGUCUUGCAGCCACAUUAAGAACCACAAAGGCCGGUGUAGCCACACUGGCUCCAGGAGAAAUGUCCGUGCAGCUCUCCCAGGGCCCAGGCGAGCGCCCACGGGCAUUUCUAGCCGAUAGCAUCACUACCAAUAGGCUGAGAUGAGACCUGCACAGUCACUAGUCCCGUGUGGCUGUUGAGUGCUUGAAGACAGAGGCUGGGCAGGAUAUGAGAUUACUGGCUCCCGCCAAUUUCCCUUCAUUUCUCUGCACAUCCAACAGCCUCAUCAGCUUCUAGGAUUAUGCACUCUGGGGAUUUUCUGGAAUAGAAAUAUUCCUACCAACAGGUCAGACACGUGAGAACCAAGUCACCUGAACACCAGGAACCUGUGAUUAACCGGCCUGGGCUUCUGCUGAAAUGGCAGGGCUGUGACAGUAAUGCUUGCGGACACUUGAAAGGGACUUAAAGAGCCCCCCGCGGCGGAGCGGCUUUGCUGGAUUCUACUCUGCAGCUGAGCAGCCGCUCGGGCAGGCUCCUCUCUAGCUGUGGUCUCACAAGGCUGCGUGUUGGCUGGAUUCUGGCCUUCCUCUCACGUCCCCAAAAUUAUACAGUUGGUAAAAAAGUUAUGUGAAAUUAAGUUACAAAAGGGACAUUUCAGGGGAAUAAAAAAAUUGUAAAUGUCUCCA